GGCUAUAUGGGCAACUGGCUACGGUGUUGAGUUAAGAAAGUGAUAUUCCUGUUGGAGAUUCUGAGCUACUUGGCUAUGGCGAUGGCCAAACGGAGUCCGAAUCAGUAAAGACGGAAGAUUGAAAGUGGCAACGAACAUUUUGUUUCGUCUGCGACGAACAAGAAGACGAGCACGCGAGAGCUAAGAGAGAGGGAUGUUAACGUGCUGGCGUUGCUGCCAAACGCCCAAUCGGCUGGUGGCACUGGGGACUAUUAUCGAACAGUUUCCAUUCUUCAAACCAAAAGCGUCUCGUACUCGAAGAAUUUACACAGAACUCUCAACGAUUACCACCACAACCUCCGCCAGCAUUAAGCCUUCUCAUUUCGAAACUCUCAGUUCCCGCCAAAAAGACCAGAUUCAUCUCUACGUCGAUGCUCUUCUUCAGUGGAACCAGAAAAUGAAUCUCACAGCUGUUACAGAGGUAAGUGAAGUGAUGGAGAGGCAUGUUGAGGACUCGCUUGCAAUUUUGCCUCCAAUUCGAACUUCAUAUAUCUCAUGUUGUAGCCCUUCAUGUGACAAUAUCUGCCUUAUCGAUGUUGGAAGUGGUCCCGGGCUUCCUGGAUUGAUUUUAGCAAUAGCUUGCCCAGGUUGGAAUGUAACGCUUCUGGAGUCCAUGAAUAAGCGCUGUGUUUUCUUGGAGCAUGCAGUCAGUGUUACAGGACUGUCAAAUGUUAAAAUAUUAAGGGGAAGAGCGGAGAAUUUAGGGCAGAAUGCUUGCUUCAGAGAGCAUUUUGAUGUUGCAGUUGCCAGAGCAGUGGCAGAGAUGAGGAUUUUAGCUGAGUACUGUCUUCCUCUGGUUCGUGUUGGUGGGUUGUUUGUUGCCGCAAAGGGUCAUGAUCCUCAGGAGGAAGUUAGAAAUGCGGAAAGAGCAGUUCAGUUGAUGGGUGCUUCUAUGUUGCAGAUGUGUUCAGUGGAAUCACAUAGCCCAUAUGGACAGCGAACAGCUAUCAUAUCUUUGAAACAUCAUCCAACCCCAAGAAAAUAUCCUCGUGAUCCAGAUACAAUGGAUAUUCAAUCGAUUCUCUUAUACGAUGGAAGAUCUUAUUAAUAUACUAGUUAGGGAGAAAGUCUGGUAAUUGCUUUUACCUCAUCUUUUGGAUUUGGCGUUGGGUCUUAAACUUGCAUAUGGUCAGAAUUCAGGUCUCUUCAUCUUGAAUAUACUUGUGUAGAUCUCAUUGGAUAACAAAAUUAAUUAUUCUUUGUCACACGGAUCUAAUGUGGAAGGGUGAGGAUGUUGAUACAGACUCAGUUGAUUCUACAAAUGGUACAGAUUAAACAUAUACAGGGUCGAUUGUGUUGGUAGAGAAGUCAAGCAAAAACAAAUUGUUGUCCUUAUCUUUUGCUGAUUACAAGGAUUGCCCCUUGAAGAUAGAGCAUAAUGAAAGAAGAGAUUCUUUUCAUCAAAAAUGAUUGUAAUAGUAGGUGAAUGGUUACACUUGUACUCUUUUUGAGUUGGUGAUAGUUGACAAGUAUACAUUUAUAGCUCUACGAUCUAGUUUCUCAUUCUAACUAUGAACAUGAAUGAAAGGCA